UAGUAAACUAAGCCGGUUGCUAUUUAAAGUGAUCUGCAGUAAAUUGCCGCCCCCGCACGGGGUUCCAAUCUCUGUCCCGUCGCUAGAACCGAUCACCUCUGCAACAAAAAGCUUCGUCUCUACUGGAAUGUUAGAACUAGCAUAUAUCAUAGUCUUUGGAUCGCGUAUAGUUCAGUUCCAGGGAAGUUGCUGAACCGAAGAAAUGUUAGGGUUUACGAUUUUGCUGUUUACGAUUUCUCUGGAAAGUGUCAGUAGAAUAAGUUCCGCUUGUGAACGUCGUGAUACUCUUUACAAUAUUGUUCCAACGACUGGUGCUCAAGUGAGAUUUUUAAGAGAACUAAAUCUAAAAAACGAAACUCUUGACUUUUGGCUGCUAACAUCAAUUAUUGGUCACGAAGUGCAUGUUAAGGUACCGGCUGAGAGAAAUGUCCGGUUUCUAACGGAACUCUUGUCCCAAGGUUUGAAUCCACUAGUUGCUAGUUCAAAUCUAUCUGCUUGUACAAGCGGAACUCCACAAAAACGGGCUGCUCGCUAUACAACUACAGAAUCAUUAGAUUUCACCAGAAGAUAUUUGCGUUACUACGAAAUAAAUAGAUACAUCGAUUACAUCGGCCGGAAGUACCCCCAAAUCGUCACCGUCAACACCAUCGGAUCUUCGUUUGAGAAACGACCGUUACGAACCGUCACCAUUACACGCAAUAAAUCAAACAAAAAAGCGAUACUCAUCGAUGCCGGCAUCCACGGUCGAGAAUGGAUGGCUCCCGCGUCAGCUUUGUACGUCAUAAAGCAGUUGGUUCAGAACGGCGAUACGAACGGUGAUCUUUUGAACAAUCUAACGUGGAUAAUACUGCCGCUCGUCAAUCCGGAUGGCUAUGAACACUCCCACACUCGAGACAAAUUGUGGCGUAAAAAUCGACACCCCUUCCGGCGCUGCACUGGAACCGAUGGAAAUCGUAAUUUCGAUUUCCGUUGGGGAGAAAAGGGUGCAGCGAGACACGAAUGCCGCCAGACGUACUCCGGUCCGAAGGCUUUCUCCGAACCGGAAACACAAGCCGUCCGUGAUCUGAUGCUGGCUAAUAAUCAAAUAGUCAAACUGUACCUCACACUGCACUCUUACGGGCGGUACCUCCUGUACCCGUGGGGAUACCGGAAAAGUCUUCCCAAGACGUGGAGAUUGAUGGACGCGGUCGCUCGUGCCGGAUCAGAUGCCAUGAAGCGUUCACACAAUGCCGACUACACCGUGGGUGGAGUGGGCAGAAUCCUGUACGAAGCAUCCGGUGGUAGUGAUGAUUAUGCACUAGCGGUGGCACGAAUACCGAUUCCCAUCGUUAUGGAACUUCCCGCCGACGAGGCAGGGUUUCACCCGGCUCCGGAAAAGAUCAAACCAUUCGUCGAGGAAGCCUUCAGUGGCAUACGGGCGAUGGCACGGAAGGAAAAAGAUGACAAUCGCUUGGUGGCCUGGCGUUGUCGAAAUGGAAUGUAGUACCUUUUCUAUCGGUCAAUUCUGGAUGUUUCUGGUCAUUCUUUAGUUCCCAACGGUCUAGUUAUUGGCAAUUCUCUAAGUGGUUUCGAUUGUAUUUGACCAAGGCUUCGCAAAUGUCCAGUUGCAUCUAUCUACCGAUGGUAUCUCGCGGCGUCACACCGCCGAGCCAGCACAACAACACCAAAAUUUUUUCUCGCAUAUUUCUCGAACUUCUAAAGCACGGUCUGCAUGAAUCAGCAGCAUAAAACAUAUAGUAGGAUUAUUAUUAUUAUAAUUAACAUCACUACACCAUCGGCAUUAAUACCGCACGACCAGCUGUAAAAAUUGCAUUAAAUCGCGAAGCAUGAAGUUCCGGUGUAUAUUUAUUUUUCCAAAUAAAUUUUAA